CUGCGCAUAAUGGAGACGGACCGUUCGCUCCUGGUUGAGUCGCGCAAGAGUUUUCUCUCCCAUAGAGAAUGUAUUGAGGAGUAAUAUGAAUAUGCUAAUGAGUUUGGAAAACAAGAAAGAGAAUGAGAGGAAAACUCAUUGAAGCAUGAUAGCUAACGAGAUGUCUUCAAAACAUUCCUCCUCUGGUCAGCCAUACCAUCUACUGCCCAUGUCGACAUUCAUUCCGUUUUCCAUUCCAUUUUCC